AUGAGGUUACUAGGAAAUAAAAUUCCAAGAACUAAUGAACUUUGUUCAUCUGAACUAGACCAAAAUAGUGACAAUUUACAUAACAAUUUACAAUGGAAUCACUUUCUUGGACUGAUGCAGCAGCAAGGUAGCAAA